CCCUGGCAGUGUCCCGGUUGCAUCUCGCACACGUCCGGUACAAGAGACAGCGCGGAGACAGGCCACCGCCGGCGACCAUUCGAGCUAGCUAGCUAGCUGUUUGAAGCGGCCGGAUAGGAGGGAGGGAGGGAGGUGCCGAUGGGGAAAGGCCGGGCACCGUGCUGCGCCAAGGUGGGGCUCAACAGGGGCUCCUGGACGCCGGAGGAGGACAUGCGCCUCAUCGCCUACAUUCACAAGUACGGCCACGCCAACUGGCGCGCCCUACCCAAGCAAGCAGGUUUGCUCCGGUGUGGCAAGAGCUGCCGGCUCCGGUGGAUCAACUACCUCCGUCCCGACCUCAAGCGCGGCAACUUCACCGUCGAGGAGGAGGAGACCCUCAUCAAGCUGCACAACAUGCUCGGCAACAAGUGGUCCAAGAUCGCGGCGUGCCUGCCGGGGAGGACCGACAACGAGAUCAAGAACGUCUGGAACACGCACCUCAAGAAGCGGGUGGCGGCCAGCGCCGGCGAGCAGAAGAAGGGCGGGGCCAAGGGCAAGAAGAAAACCACCUGCGUCGACGUGCCGGCGCCGGCGCCCUCGCCGUCUCCAUCCUCUUCCACCACCACGACAACGACGACGACCACCAACUGCUCCAGCGGCGAGUCCGGCGAACAGAGCAACACCAGCAACGAGUUGGAAUUUGAGCUGGACAAGAUCGAGAUCCCCAUGCUCGACCUCGGCUUCGACCUGGACAUGCUGCUGGACACCGUCACAAACACACACUGCCCGGUCAUCUCGUCGGCGCCGACCUCGACCUGCUCGUCCGCGUCCCCGCCGUGCGUGGUGGACGACGACACGCUGCUCGACCUGCCGGAGAUCGACAUCGUGCCGGAGCUAUGGAGCAUCAUGGACGGCGAAGGCGCGUGCGCCGAAACGGCGCAGGCCCCGUGGAGCAAUGCGGCGCCGUGCCACGGCAACGGGACAGAGGCGAGCGCCGCAACGGCCGACGACGAGGACGGAAAGGAGUGGUGGUUGGAAGAUUUGGAAAAGGAGCUGGGCCUGUGGGGGCCCAUCGACGACUACCAGCACCAACAACAACCGGACCCGCAAGGUCGCGUGGACCCGCUCUCCGCCAGCGUGGACGACCCUGUGUCGUGCUACUUCCAAGCUGGCCCCGCCGGCGCGGCCACGUCGGCCGUCCAGGGACCCGAAGCCUCUGCAGUUAUCACAGACAUCCCCGUGGGUCCAUGAGAUCACUCGGUAUAAACCGUCCGAUCUCCUAGUAUAGAAACAAGCAGCGUGAUCGGACCGCCAAGACUGAUGCUAGUACAGCAUAUAUACAUGUACAAACUGUACAAUUGUACCCCUGCAAGAGGAGUACGUACGCACAUACAAACCCAGCACGAAGACUAUACAAAAAAAGGGAUAUAGUUAGGCUAGGAUGCACACACAAGAGGAGAUGCUUACAAUAACUUUUCCAUAUACGUUGUACACACUGCGACUACGUUGGGCUGAAGCAGCGAAGUGGUGCAACGCAAACCAGUCAAAAA